GGCAGCUACGAGCAAGUGGAGGAGGCAGCAAACUCGAGGCAUCUAACUGUAUAGUCGAGUCCCAGACUCUCCAUACGAGCCCUAACCUGUCAGCAGUGCAUCGUCUCGAUCGCGGCAUCGAUUACGAGACGAGGGUAGGCUCUGUCGACAAACACAUCGGUUUCGCGGUCGUGUAAUUGUGCCUGGCUGGUGAGACGAUUGGCGUCGCGACGUUUAUUUUGCUUUGUCCGCAAUUGCUCGCGAGACAACGAUCCAAGACGCUAAAAUGAUGGUGAGCUGAGAGUGCGGUGCUCGCAUUGUGGAUGAGGUAGGACCACUUGGAUAUACAUAUACUCCGAGGUGUGUGUCAGUGUGUUUUAAUAAAUUUGGUGUACGAAACCAGCAUCGAAAAAUGAUCGUUUGUUAAAAGUUCCUCGUAUGUGAUUUCACGCGGUGAAUUUAAAAAUGGAGAACAGUUUUGCCGGAAAUGACCACCAAAUACCGCACAAGUAUAUCCAUAAUCGUUAAGAUUUUCAUCGUGAUGUACGAUUUUGUUGGCAGAGAUGAGCGGUUCUCGACUUGGCAGGGGCCGAGGAGGUCGGCUGGCCGUAUACGGGGGUUGUGGUCUGGUGGUUGUUCUUUUGGUGGUUCUCUACCGCGCCGCCACCUCGGAGAUGGCCAGGCUUCGAGACCUCCACGUGCAAUGUGCUCAUCAACAAGAAGCUCUCGCUGCUCAACUUCAAGUUAUAUUCGAAUACAAGGUGCGGCUAGAAAAGUCCCUGGCAGAAGAGAAGAGCUCUAACAUGGCUGUGAAGCAAGAACUUCAGCAACGUGCCACUCGUGAAAAGUCUCUACGCGAUAAAGAUAGCAUAGAAGCGAUGCAGAGGUUUAGUUCGCUUCAACAGACUUACAAGUUGCUACAGACGGAGCACAGGGAUCUGUUGGAAGAAUGCAAGGAACGCGAGAAACAGGCCUUGGUAGACACAAACAGACUAGAGGCGACACUUCGAGAUCUUCGCAGUCACAUCAGAGAAGCGAAGGAGCAGAAAGACAAGUCUUUGGAGCACCUAAAGACCAAGUUCCUUGAGCUGGACACCGAGAAAACCAGACUCGAGGAAAAGUAUCACGACUUGCUGCAGAAUUAUGGCAGUACUAACAGCACUAUCAUACAUCUUCAAAAGGAAGUGUUUCAACUUACGCGUGAGCUGGAAGAAGUCAAGAGAUACGCAAAUAGAUCUGCUUCCCCUGGACCGAGCAUAGCGAAUUUGCAGCUCCUGCAACGGAACGAUCAACAGAUGGAACGCGGAGACGACGUCAACGUCAAUCAUCCUAUUGGGCCAUCGCUGCAGCAACAGAGCACUGUGGCAACAUCACCAAAACUGGGGACAUCAACACCUUCAGGUAGCAACAUUCCUGCAUCGACGGUUCUAGAUAAAUCGCUUCCAGUAGGAAAAUCGCUAUUAAAAGCCAAACUUCCGGUUGGUGUACCACCUAUCCCAAUGAUGAUCGAUCAGAAGCUCGAUAAUCAUGAUGAUAAACGGGACGAAAACGCUGGCAAAAAGAAGGAGGAGUUAGCUAAGCAGAAGAAAAACACUGCGAGUAAGGAAAACGAAGUUGAAAACGGGAACUUGGACCCUUCGUUUCUGGGAAAACGAAACGAUGAACACUUUCCCGCCAGACGCGAAAAUGGAUGGUACAACGUUGGCCCUGGUAUCCAAGAAAUUGGCGAGGAACUCAAUCAUCGACUUUCUGGUUUGGAUGACGGUGUAGACCAUAACGUUGAGGCAGGCGAUGAUCAAUACGAUGGGAGCGAUUACGAUAAAGAACCCCAACAAAAGAGUAGUGAUUUGCAUUUAGUCGGGGCUGAAGAUGAAGGUGAAGAUGAAGAUGAUCAAAUAGACUAUCCACACCAUUUGAAGCAGGAGAAACGCGAUUGACGAAAUGUUUUUGAAGGUAUGAAAAAAUAACUAUUUGAAUAUUUCGAGGAUGAUUCAAAUCUGAAACAGAGUAAGUUCGUGUAUCCGUAUCUGUAUGGAUACGCACAUGCAUACAGAUUACUUAUUCAUUUCCCGGAUUUAAGGGCUUGGACAAAGGAGAAGCCACACUUGAGAGAGACCCAAUUAUUGUCAACAAUUAAUAGCUACGAUUACUAACCUUUCAUUUUGCUAUUACUUAAACAGACUGGUUAUUGGCGUUAAUUUACCACAAGGAAAUGAAAAGAACUUUCUCGGAUAGGUUUACUGCCUUACUUUCUCUUCUUCGUAUGUUCUUAAUUGGGAAAUCUCGUACAAGAAUCUAGCCAAAAAAUUUAGAUAGUUGAUAUUCAAUGCAGAUGCUAAUAUAAACCGCUGCUCGACUGAUAAACAAAUUGUAUUUUUAUUCAGAAAUUUGUGGACAAGUCUGAGUAGCGUGUCGAUGAAAGAAACAGACUGUAUUUUUCUAGAUUUAAAUCUACGAUAAGCAAAACACGAACUAGAGUUUUCACAAUAAAAAAAUAAAUUAUUGCAAACAUCUACUCUUUCAGUGGCAGACUAGACUCCAUGGUUCUUGGUUGCGGUUGAAGUUUUGUACACUUGUAACAUUUUUUUAUUCAAUUAUUUAAAAAAUACAAUUGAUUUUUAAUUUGUAUCUUUUGAUGACCAUGCUAUUUUAUUCUACACUAAGUACUUAGUUGGAUCAUUAACGGAUUACAAUGAGAAAAGCCAUGCACCUUAAUUUCAGUUAAUUGCAAUAGCUAAAAUUGUAGCCAUUAUUUAUAACAAACAUGCUGCCACUGAAAUGGUUACUAUCUUUUUUAUCUUAAAAAGACACAUAAAUGGAGUUAUAACUUAAGUGCACUCAUUACUUAAGCGACAUAUUGAAAGUUUCUAAGGAUAUCGCGUUUCAUGACUUCGAUUAGCCGAAUAUUCUUGUCGAAACUGUGCAAUACGAGUGGUGCAAAGAUACACGUGAUUUAUUUAUUGCCUAUAAGCCAUUGUUCAAGCACUAACAAUCAAGACUUAACAAAAUGAAAGGAACUACUUUAAGAAAUUUACUAUGAAUAUAGAUUAACAUUUGUUAUGAGCAUAGAUAUUACUUAUACACAGAUCAGAAUAAGGAUUCACAUGUACAUACGAUUCUUUUUGUAAUAAAAGAUUAAAAUAACUGGUUGCUUCUAGUUUUCUAUUGACUUCUGCGAACAAUUAACACAUCUGAAAAUAAUUUGUAAGCUAAUGAAAUAUGUCAACAAUAUUACUAUUUGAAUGUCAGUAUUUUGAA